GUACGCCCAGUUUUCUCCAUUCUUCUGCUCCAGGCCCUUGGGUACUUUCUUGCUGUCACCUCCCUGUCCUUAGCCAAGGAAAGCCUCCUCCCUUCCCUUUAAGGGAGCUCUCUCACAUGGCUCCAUCCAUCUCUUCCCGAUUUCUUUCUUUCCUCCCUCAACGCAAGUCUCUCUUCUUUCCUUCUCUCAACAGUCCUUGCUUAUUUAGAAAGAAGAGAGAGAGAGAGAGAUUUACAUCAAGACUGACAAAAUUAACCCACUGGGCAGAUGCUAUUUAUACCAAUAGUGAAUUCGGAGAGAUGAACCUUCACGUGCGCCUGUAAUUGCAGAUGUGUUCCAGGAUUGGUUUGUGAUUUCCAGAAGGCUCUCAUUCCUUCCCCCAACCCGCUCCCCUCAUCAGGAUUCCUCUUGGCUUAUCCCAGCGGACAAGCACUUAACACCAAUGCGGCUUAAGGAUUAAGGACUGUAAUUGCUCACACAGCGUGACAGACACUGCACUCGGGGGUUCUGACGAUGCUUUAUGGUGGCGCUAUUAUUGGGAUAACUGUCAUAAAAGCUUGUCACCUUUAGGUUUUAAAGUUCCCUGCUGAAGACUGCAAACCAACUCCUGAAAGAUGAGCGAGUCCAACAUAGAAGUAGACAAGAAGGAUGAUCAUCUCCAAUCAUCUAUAACUGAUCAGGCUCCUGAAGAACCAGAACCGAAGGUACCACAAAUGAAAGAAUCAAAAAUGAAGGAAACACAAACGACCAAAAUAGAAACAGAGGAAUGGGAAAGAGAACACAGCAGUACAAGUAGUUUCUGUCCUCCACAGGGAACAGUAAAUAAAACAAUUACCGAUGGAGUUACACUCAUUGUAUUAUGGAUUCUACUCUGGGCCCUUAUAGGUCAAGAAGUUCUCCCUGGUGGAAAUUUGUUUGGGCUUGUAGUUAUUUUUUACAGUGCUUUUCUUGGGGGCAAAAUUAUAGAAGUCAUUAGAAUUCCUGUAGUACCUCCCCUCCCACCUCUUCUUGGGAUGUUACUGGCUGGUUUCACCAUCAGGAACGUUCCGAUUCUUUACAAAUUUGUCCAUAUUCCUACCUCAUGGUCUUCAGCUUUAAGAAACACUGCCCUUACUAUUAUCCUAAUACGAGCUGGGCUUGGACUGGACCCACAGGCUUUGAAGCAUCUGAAGGGAGUUUGUCUGAGAUUGUCCUUCGGUCCAUGCCUCCUAGAGGCGUGUUCAGCUGCUCUUUUCUCCCACUUCAUUAUGAACUUUCCUUGGCAAUGGGGGUUCCUAUUAGGUUUUGUUCUAGGUGCUGUCUCUCCUGCUGUUGUCGUUCCCAACAUGCUGCUGUUGCAAGAGAACGGAUAUGGUGUUGAGAAGGGCAUUCCAACCUUACUAGUGGCUGCUAGCAGUAUGGAUGACAUCGUGGCCAUCACUGGAUUCAACACAUUCUUGAGCAUAGUCUUUUCUUCGGGUAGUGUAAUUAGCAAUAUCCUAUCAUCUUUGCGGGAUGUUCUUAUUGGCGUGCUGGUAGGAGUUGUUAUGGGAAUUUUUGUUCAGUAUUUUCCAAGUAGAGAUCAGGAGAGACUUACACAGAGGCGAGCCUUCCUAGUUCUGAGUAUGUGUGUUUCUGCUGUCUUAGGCUGUCAGCACAUUGGCUUACACGGAUCUGGAGGACUGGUGACACUAGUGCUGUCCUUCAUGGCAGCAAAACGAUGGGCUGAAGAGAAGGUUGGAGUCCAAAAACUUGUUGCAAACACAUGGAAUAUUUUUCAGCCGCUUCUUUUUGGCUUAGUUGGAACAGAAGUGUCUGUUGAAUCUCUUGAAUCGAAAACUAUUGGCAUGUGCAUUGCUACCCUGUGUUUGGCACUGCUUGUUCGAAUCUUAGCCACUUUCGUGCUGAUGUCUUUUGCUAACUUUCGUUUUAUGGAGAAAGUAUUUAUUGCUUUAUCAUGGAUCCCUAAAGCUACAGUCCAGUUUCAACAUCCAGCAACAGCAGUGGCUUGAUAAGAUGUGGCCAGGAGAAAUGCAUGCUGUUCAGGUUUCUGGCACUGAAUUUGUAUGGUGCUGCGCAAGUGAAGAACAUAUGACCACAAGGAGGCAGUAGCGCACACACCCUGACAAGUUCUCAUCUAGUGAAAGCAAGCGGCCAACCAGAGGCUUGAGCGCCCCGCCCCACCACCGGCUGAAGUAGGUAGAGUAAAUCCUCGGGGUUCUGGUGUGGGAAAAGACCAGAGAAAGGGCACAUCUGGCUUACUAAUGUCAAUCAACAUCCCAACAUGGCAUCUUUGGGUCACAGAACACCAAAUGGCAGCAAAGGAUUCAGGUCUUUAUAGCCUAGGGCUUAUAGAACGUAGAUAGUUCAAUAAAUGUGUACAGUAUGUACGGAUGAAGUCAAGAUAAUGAAUGUUCUAACUUCUUGUCAUCACUUAGCUUGACGCCUCUGACACCCUUUUCCCUCUAACUACUCAUAAAGUAGGUAAAAGGUUAUUGUGAGCUGUGGCUGCCCAACUGGGCUACAGAACACUAGAACGUACUCCUAAUACUGGUUUGGUACCUAUUAAUCUAAACUCCUUCUAUCUCCAUUUCUCUCACUUCUCAGCCUCCUCUAUUUAAUCAAAACCACAAUGAGAUCUAUUCUCUCUUCAGUCUGAAUGGCUAUUAUUAAAAAAAAAAAAAGGCAAAAGACAAAAGACAAAACUAACAAAUGCUGGGGAGGGGCAUGCAGUACACUUUGUUGGGAAGUUAUUAGAUACAAACACUAUGAUGAACAGUAUCAAAGUUCUUUUGAAAAAACUGAUUUUGGGCUGGAGAGAUGGCUCAGUGGUUAAGAGCACUGACUGCUCUUCCAGAGGUCCUGAGUUCAAAUCCCAGCAACCACAUGGCGGCUCACAACCAUCUGUAAUGGGAUCUGAUGCCCUCUUCUGGUGUGUCUGAAGAUAGCUAUAGUGUACUUAUAUAGAAUAAAUAGAUUUUAAAAAAAAACUAAUUUCACUGUAUGUCCAGCUAUCCUUAUGUCCAUAUACUUACGGGUAUGCAUUCAAAAGAAAUGAAAUUAGCACAAUAAAUACCCAUACUUCUAUGAUAUAUAUAUGUGUAUAUAUAUAUAUAAGCAGACUCAAUAGUUUCAAGUUUCAACUAUAACUAUUCAGUUAUUUCAUGUUUUAAAUUUAUUAUAUGCACAUAAUUGUAAAAUUUCACAGUGGGAUUUCUUCCUUUCUUUUUUUUUUUUUUUUCUUCUGUGACUCUAGACAGGAUCCAAAGAGGAGGUGUAGUUUUCCUCUCUGGGUUUUAUGGAAAGUUCCUUUACCUGUCUGUGUUAGCCCCUUAAAGUACCACAACAACCUUAAAAGGGCACAGGAAAGGGCGCACAAUGGGAUUUAAUAGCAGAAUUUAUUUAUCUUCUUUUCCAUAACUCCGAUUCCAGGAGAUCCAAGCAUUUACAUGGUAAAACAGACAUACAUGGAGGCAAAAUACCCUAAUAUAUAAAAUAAAAAAUAAACCUUAAAAAUAUAUAUUCACGGGGCUGGGGAUUUAGCUCAGUGGUAGAGCGCUUACCUAGGAAGCGCAAGGCCCUGGGUUCGGUCCCCAGCUCCGAAAAAAAAAAAGAACCAAAAAAAAAAAAAAUAUAUAUAUAUAUUCACUACUUUUCCAUCUCCCAAUUUCUCCCAUAUUAUUAUGAGUUACCAAUUUUUAUUAUGUUAUCAUUUGCUACAAAGCUUUUCCACUUUCAAUCUCAUUUUCCCUCUCCCUUACUCUUUCUAAUCUAUUCCAUCAUUAAAAAAUAAUUUUAGGACUGGUAAAAUGGCUUAGUGUGUAGAGGUGCUUGUUGUUGAAUAUUUUUAAUGCCAAUCCAGGGUUUCUACCCUGCCCUAGACUAUUUUGUUUAUGGAUUAAAAAACACACAGACAAUUUUUAUAUCUAUAAGUUUUAAUCAUCACAUCCUCUAUGCUAUUGUGUCUAUUUCCCAGCAUAGCUUCAACGUCCAGCCAAUAAUCCCAUUAUAUAAUUUGCCAUGUUUCAUCUGGACUGCUCUUAACUCCAAUUAGCCAGCCCACGUGGCCAUUAUUUUAAGGUUCUUACCCCUGGCAUCUUUUUUUUUUUUUUCACCUUCUUCCUCCUCCUCAUGGUUUCCUCUAACUCCAAGCCCAGGCACCCCAAGCCCCACCUGGGUCUCUUCUGUCCAGCUAUUAGCUGUUGGCAUCUUUAUUUAAUCAAUACUGUUAGCCACGUAGCAAGGUCACAUUGUACAUGCAGAUUCUCUCCUUCCUGGGAGCAACCAGGCCUUGGGGGCCAGUGCUUAUCAUUAGAAAACAUCGAAAGAGCAAACCUCAACGGUGCUGCCAAAUCUGAGAUCCUGAGUUCAAUUCCCAGGCCCUCUUGGCGGAGUCCGAGGACUCCGCAACAAGACUGUUUAAAGCAUCGUUUCUUAACAGGCCAUGCACCUGAGCAUUUAACCCCCUGCCAAGUGAGAGCUUCACCCUGAGCUGAAAAGCCCUAUUACUGUCUUUCAGAGCAUAGCUUCAACGUCCUUAACGAACUAACUCUACUGUAUUUAAAGACUGCUGCAAGACUUCUGCAAAAGAUAAACUAGUUGACAUACUGAGUGACAUAAAAAAAAAGAAAAAGAAAAAAAAAAAAGUCAAGCUUCCAGUCAAAACCCAUUACGAACAAAAGCAUGGGGUCAGAUGCGGCAGUUAAACAAAGAAAGCAGAAACAAGAUGUCCUCCCUAAUCCAGUCUGCGUGCACCAGAGACGUGGAGGCAAUCACAGUAACAGUCGCACACGUGGCUUGAAAACAGGGCUUUCAGUUGCCCCUGCAGUGGGCAAAUUCUCUAACAUAAUAUGUGUGACUUAAAUACCGCCUGCCGUAUUUUAGAAAAUCAUAUCAUGCCGUGAGUUCGCAAUCAAGUUUCAAACUGUUUCAGCCCAGUGGGGAAACCUCUUGCAAUAAAGCCCUCACAUACCGAGAGCACCCCGGAUACCUUUUCCACCUGGCUGUACCGUGUUAAGCACUAAGCUUUCAAAGUGGGUACUGCAUGGGUGAACAUCUUUCCUUCUCAGCUUUCACACUACCUGAUGCAAAUCUAUCAUGAAACGUGACUUGUAGAAUUCCGACGCUGAGAUGUCCCCAGGAGCCGAGAUGCAGGGUUCUCCAUUAAAUCUCAAGCUGCUCGCCUCCUGUUUUCAAUUCUCACUUGUUUUUUUUGGUUAUUUCUCUGGUGCAGCCGUCACAUUUUAUUGGUGACCUGCCUCCGGAUAGAAUGUUCUUGAUACAAGUGUUAUGUUUAGGAAUAGAAGACAGAUAACCAAACUAGCUGGAAUUUGCUAUGAAGGAAAAAUAAGCAGAAGGAAGACGGAAGGGGCUCCGGCGCUGGCUUUGGACCACGUGACCAGUUCGACAUCCUUACACUUUUUCAUAUUGGCGAUGCAGCCCCGGCCGAAUGUAAAUGAGUGAAAUCCAAUUCCUUAAACUUGUUGGGUAGGUAUCGAAUACAACAACAGUCACCUGUUUUUGUUUUGUUUUGUUUUGUUUUAGACUGGCGCUUUACAAUAGUUUAAGAAUACAGUCUGACAUUUCUAAUCAAAGACUAUGAAAAAAAUUAUACGGAUCAGCUGCCGCCUUAAUUGGCUUCCUAUAAACUUAUUAACGAAUUAGGUUACAAAACACAAAAGCACUUCAGUGACUCAUCAGGAGGCAGCAAACUCGCAGCUGAGCUGUGACGAGCUCUCCACAACACGACUUGGCUUAAUUAUCCACACAAAUGAGUCAUUAGCCCGCCAACCUGCUAAUGCUCUUGGGAUACCUGGUAUUUUGUAAGGCUGGUGCUUGUUUGCUGAGUAAGGAAUAAGUAGUGCUCUAAGUCAGCAGGUUAGGUGGCCCUCAUAACAGCCGUGAGUCAUGUAAGAAAGCUGUUUCUGGAAGGUUCUAGAACGCUCAAGUAGUUUAUCAGUUCCUGUGUGUUUGGUUAUUCAGUGCCUGUGUAAACGACACGACAGAACUCUGAAUUUACAGAUGAUCGCAACUCUAGCGCUCAUGGGAACGCUUACUAAAACCCCAGCCUGCUACCAGACAUGGACUUCUGGGAAUAGUAUAGUAACAGUGUGUUUUUGAGUGAAAAAUGUGGAGGGGAGGGAACUAUUUUCUUCUCACGGCACUAGACUUACAUUCUGAGACAAUUUUCACUUUUCUCGCUGUUCUUAUUUGACAAAAUUAAAGGUUGACCAUUUCAUUUUAGACUACCUAUUUCCAAUAAAUGUGCCUUCUGGGAAGCCUAAAGUAUGGCAGGAACUAGAACAAUUGUUUUCAAAGACUGUUGCUGUGCAUUGCAGCAAGGGUUUUGCAGAAGCAGAAUGACCACAAAAAAAAAAAAAAAAAAAAAAAGGCACCCGACCUUGUGCUGAGCUGUUAAUCGGAUAGUGCAGGCGCUUAGGUGCACUGAAUAAAGGGUCUCUGGAGUCCCCACGGCCACAGAAGAGCAAGGCUCUACUCCCCCACCCCCAACUCCCGGCUUUAGGCAGGAAGAAUUCUGAGUUUGGAGCUCUGACCUUGUAAAGCUCCCCCAGCACGGAUAAUUUCCAAAGGUAAAAUCACACAGUGGAAAUCACUGACUUUACUUGAGAUAUUUACGGUCCCAGUACCAUGCUUGAUGUAGUCUGGUGUACAUAGAUAUUCAGUAAUUCUUAGCUUUAUUACCACAAAGACUUAAUGUUUCUUAUACCUACAUGGGAAGACUAUGGUUCCAGAGAUGGACAGCUCUGGAGAACCUGAGUUCUGCUGCCUGGCGCUCACUGAGGUGCAUAACUGUGACCUGGGUGCUGGGAGGCAGAGACAAGAACGGUUCUGGGCCUCACUAGGCUGGCCAGCCUAGUUCAAUCUAUGAGCUCCAGAUUCAGUGAGUGUGAUGGUUUGGAUAUGCUUGGUCCAGGGAGUGGCACUGUUAGAAGGUGUGGCCUUGUUGGAGUAGGUGUGUCACUGUGGUGUGGGCUUUAAUAUCCUAGUGCUGGCUGCCUGGAAGUCAGUAUCCUGCUAGCAGCCUUCAGAUGAAGAUGUAAAACUCUCCGCUCCUCCUGUACCAUGCCUGCCAGGACGCUGCCAUGCUCCUGCCUUGAUGAUAAUGGACUGAACCUUUGAACCUGUAAUUCACCCCCAAUUAAAUGUUGUUCUUUAAGAGUUGCCUGGGUCAUGGUGUCUGCUCAGAACAGUAAAACCCUAAGACAGUGAAAGAAUGAUUGAGGAAGACACUGCACACUGACCUCUAGGCCUCCACACUCCCAUCUGCAAACCCAUGUGUAUACGCAUAUACAUAAAUAAAAAGAAAACAUCAUGAACCAAGUGGGUGAUAUCUUUAAUAUUUUAAGGAUAGCUAUUACAUGAGAUGUGUAAAAUAAAACUAAAAAGACUUCUGAUAGUAGGCUAAAAUUACAAAUAAUUCAAAAAUUCCAGUAAACCUAUAUGGAAAACCUUUUUGUAUUUUGUUUCAAUGGUGUAUACUAUUAAAAAGAUACGACACAAGAUGGAGUUCAGUGUAAAGGGCUAUUACCAGAAUGUGUGAGGCCCUGGGUUCCACCCUUAGUACCACGAGAGUAAGUGAGCAGACAAACACAACUGUACCACUUUUACCUUCCGUAAUAUUAUACGAUUCCUUCCACACUUCAGCUGUUACUUCAAACCAAUCACAGCCUCUUUUAUUAAAGGUUUUACAGGGUUAGAGAGAUGGCUCAGUUGUUAAUAGCACUGGCUGUUCUUGUAGAAGACCAGGGUUCAGUUCCCAGCA